AUGGAAGAAAUGCGAGGCUACAACCGUGGUUCAUAUAUAUGGGGAUGCAGUGUCCAUAACAUUCGGAUUGAACGCCUUUGGGUUGAUUGGACCAGCGCAGUUGGUUCCAAAUGGAAAACCUUUUUCCAAAAUCUCGAGGUCUAUGAUGCCCUAAAUCCCGAACUCUACUCUCACAUCUGGCUUCUUCACUAUCUGUUUCUCGAUGUCAUCAAUACCGAAGCCUUGCAGUGGGCAAAUGCUUGGAAUUCUCACACGAUGACACUGCCUGGACAGCGUAAUGAUAGUCCUCAUGCCUUACGUUUUUUUAGUGUCAUCAGCGGAGGAGGGCGAGGAGUCGAUGCUAAUGGAAAUGUUCUACAAGAUUUUCAACCAGCCGCAGAUGACUUGGCUCCCGAGGAGAUUGAAGAAUACGGUAUUGAUUGGGAGGCUUUUGAAGAUCAUCACCUUCAUAGCCAUCAUGCCAGUGAAAACCCUCCUGACCAUCUGGCACACAAUCCGUUUGUUGCGCACUGGCCAGAACAACAUAAUGUUGUAGAGGUAGAGGAGCCCGACUGUCCACUUACAGCUCAGCAGCUAGAGUAUCUAAACACUUACAUCCAAGAUCUGUCAAUAGAUACUAUGGAGCAGCGGCAUGCACUAUGGGUUACUGCAUUACAAGUUUGUCAUGAUAUCUUUCGAUGGGUAUAG